UAUUGUUCGGACAUUUGGUAACACGACUUACGAGUUUGUUUUGGUUUGAAAUGCUGACAUGAAUGCAAAGAGAAAAAAGAAACCUGGUGGCCUGGGUAGAAAGUUGUAAGAUGGGAAGCUUACUGACCAGAACAUUCAAACCUCGAUAUGUCAGAGUUUUAAUAUUAGGAUUAGAUGCUGCAGGAAAGACUACUUUGCUAACAAGAAUAAAACACGGACGAACGACUGAUACUAUUCCAACAAUCGGAUUCAACGUCGAAAGCGUUAAGAUAAAGGGAAUCAAGUACACGUUCUGGGAUGUAGGAGGUCAAGAUAAAUUGAGAGAAUUAUGGAAACAUUAUUACUUCGGCACUCACAUCCUUGCCUUUGUUAUUGAUUCAUCUUCAAGAGAUACUAUAGAGGUCUCGAAAGAAGCAUUAUUCGGUGUGUUGAUGGAUCCACUAAUGGACAGUUGUGUGCUGCUGGUUUAUGCAAACAAACAAGAUAUGCCGUACGCAUUUCGAGCAAAAGAAAUUGCUGAUAAGCUAUCUUUGCAUGAACUUCGCGAAAGACCUUGGCACGUUCAGCCUUCCUGUGCUACAACGGGAGACGGAGUUUUCGAAGGAUUGCAAUGGGCAGCUAAGCAAGUCAAGAAGCAAAAAAAGAAAACAAUACCUAGAAAAUUGUAUUUUACAAAUCGAUUAUAAAGUUGAUUUUUAGCAAAUAGAAAAAUUGCAUUUAUUAAAUGCAAAAACAGUAAUGAAACAUCGAUUCGUACGCAGGGUAUAACUAGCCUAUAGCUUAUAAACUUUAGUGACAGGCUGAUGAGAUCAUUGUCAAUCGUGGGGCAUCAGUGGUAGUUUACUUGAACAUUAAAUUGAUGUUUUGUUAAUGGUCACGUCUUAAUUCGCCAAAUCCAUACGCCUAAAAUUUUAGUGUAAAAUGGACAUGACAAACAUGCUAUAUUUAGUUUUGGGGCUGAUCUCAAUGAUAGAGGCAACUGGAAUAAAGUCCGGCAUGAAAUAGGCCUACUCAAGCCUAAGCAAAAUCACUUAAAAUUCAAGAGAAAAAUCACUUAAAAUGAACUACCGCGUUUCCCCGAAAAUAUUACCUAACCUGAAAAUAAGACCUAGCCUGAAUUUUAAAAAUUAUUUCAAUGUAAGCCUAGUCGAUGGCGCGAUUUUUUUUUUUGAUGUAGUCAAUAGCAUGAAAUCUCUUCCACACGUUUUAAAUGAUUGGUCUUUUUGAAUAAUCAAGUUUCAUCAGUUUUUAAAUAAGAACGUGUUAUUUAUAGGUGGUCACAUGGAACUCGGUGUUCAUAAUUUGUAUAUUUGAAAAUCUUCUGAUUCUCUACUUUGUA